UGUCUGCAGCCUUCCACAACACUAACCCAUUCAAUGACAACGUCAAUCAGAACACCGUUACGAACCUACACAUAUAACGUAGCACUUAUUGCAUUCUUAACGGUAACUGUGUUCAUGCGCACAGCAGACAUUCGUGGACGGCGAGGAGGCGAAUUGUCAAUAACCGGCUCAUCACAACUAAGAUGUGAGAUGUCAAUCGGUCCAGAUGACGGAGAAGUGUCACGAAGAAUCACCCCAAUCCUCUGUCCUUGUAGACGACCCGCAGCGACGCAUUGAUGAUUGGAUGAAAUCCUGGGACGAUGGAACUCUGGGAUCGUUGGUGGAUACACAUCCGGACCCAUGUCUGGUGGAACAUUUCGAUGAUCUAACUGAUGGACGCCAGCAUCUGAGAAUUCUCGUACCUCUGUGUGGAACGUGUCUAGAUAUGAAGUGGUUUGCUGACCGAGGUCACAGCGUGGUGGGCGUGGACAUCUCCGAGGUGGCGGCCAGACUGUUCUUUGACCGGAACCAGAUCCCCCAUACAGUACAAGACCUUCCGCACACACAGGGGAAACUAUAUCAGUCAACAGAUGAUGCCAUCAAGUUCUACGUGGUAAACUUCUUCGAUUUUAACGAAACACUGGAGGGUCUGUUUGAUGUUGUAUGGGACACUGGAUCCCUUGGUUCUAUCGAUGUUCGAGACAGAGACCGGUACAUGACAGCUAUGAGCUGCGUGCUCAAACCAAACUGUGUCUUCUUCCUCGAGACACUGGUCUUUGACAAAACGAAAUUUGAAGGUCCGCCAUACAGUUUCCCCAUCGAAGAUGUCGAGGAAGUCUUUGGGAACAUGUUUACGGUUGUCAAAGUCGCAGACCAUGGCUAUGACGUCCCUGAGGAUGAUCGCGAUGUUGAGGAAGGAAUUCAUGACAUCGGAUUUCGAUUUCACUUUUAUUGUCUCACUCGGAUGUAACAGUACUGGUCACUGGUUCACACAAAUCCGACUCUGUCUUGCACGGUAUGUUAGGAGGUCACGGUUGAUUGGCUCAGUGGAGUCACAACUAAGGCCAGUGCCAUGGAUGGGUUCGAAUCCCUUUUCCAUCACAUGGGCCCAGAAGAGUCCACCAGAAUAUCAUCCACAAACAACGGUUCUUUUGGAUACCACAUACAAAUGCCUAGCAGAGAUUGGACAAACGAAUACCAUCAGAAAGGAGUCGCUGUACUGGCGGUGAUGAUACCACGGACACCUCUUGUUGGACUGGGCUCCUGUCUACCUAAACGAGUAGAGAGGCGAUGGCCGAUUUCCGUAGCCUGCGAUUGGGCGACACUUAACAUGGCUUUCAUUGGUUCUCAGUAUCGAAAAGAAACAAAUGGUGGACUGCGACAUAAUUAACAUGAGUAGGGCAGUUUGUUAUGAUUUGUAUUGCCCAAAAUCAAAUUCUGUAGAUAUAUCUCUGUGUCAAUUGCAUUCAUAAUUAACGAUGCUACACCUGCGCACUUCUAACCGCAUAUGGUACAGAUUUCUACCGCAUUGUUUGGCCUGUGUGCUAAAAGCGCCAAUAACGCUAAGCCUUCAGCUCGAACCAACAGGGAAACAAGUUUCACCGGAAUUUUUCACAUAGAUUUGACCGUAUGAAUAGCCAAUAGAAUAUCCAAUAUGAAUAACCUUUUUGAAAGGCAGUGUUCGUAUCAUUGUUGAAGCUGGGUGGCUUUGAUAUGGUAUAGUUUCGAGCACCGCUCACCAAUAACGUCGGAUUAACAUAUGCAACUAAUGUUACUAUUUCCCGAAAAAAGCGCCAUGCAUGCAAAUGUGCAUUGAACUGCUUAUACUGGUCCGGACUUUAUCCGAUCUAUAGUGCUAGCCCACUUAGACGCAAUACCCAAUCAGACCAAUCAUAUUGUCUUCGAGGCGACCAGUCUUUGUUUUAUUCGUUUUAUCCGGCAGUUUCAACGCGGAACUAUUUCACUCAUAUAUCGAGUGCAUGUGAGUGAGUGUUGGGUUGCUUGUCACUGUUGCAUUGUUUAUGUUCAGUUCUGGUAUUCGGUAAUUUCUCCCCACAACAAGGAUUAGCUUGAAAGAAUGCAAUCAUGAACUUUACUUUACUCAUAUUUGGAUUAUUAGAAACAAAUGUUUUUUUUCAAGAUUUGGGAAAACAAAAUCAAAGAUAACUGGUAGGGUCUGCUUUUUGUAAAAUAACUGAGGAUGUGCACGAUGACUACUCAUAGUAAGGUCAUAUAACAUUUUUGAAGACUUCUUAAGCGUCUUUUCGCAUACUUGACAAAGCUGGCAGGUAUGCUUAUAAUGUGUGGGUGUAGUUUUAAUUUAUGCUAUUAAUUGGACACCAAUUGCUGGAAUUGUAUAUGCUCUUGUACACAAUAGCAUAGUGGUUAAUGCGCUGGGUCGUCAUGUCAACGACACGCGUUCGAUUCCCUUAAUGGUAAGAUGUGUGAAGCUAAUUCUUGAUAUCCCUGUCGUAAUAUGGCUGGAACAAGACAGAACACUCACUCACUCACUCACUCACUCACUCACUCACUUUCGGCAUAUGUGUGUCCACGUAUUAUUUAAACAUGAGCGAACAUUUAUUUGGCCACCAAUCCAAAAGGUGGAAUUCUUAUCCUGUAAAUAUGACCAGAAUAAGUUAAAACAUGUAUUUUGCUGCAAUAAUUUAAUUCAUGAUGAUUCAGUUGCACCCUUUUUCAGUUUUAAUUAACCCCUCCUUCUGUUUCCCCGAUGUUAGUGCAGUGCAAUAUUUUCUAUGCAAUACAAAUGCCUUAUUUAGAUCCAUUAUUUUAACGACCAAGACAAGUCAUAAAUAUGUAUAUUUGUUAUGUUUUAUUAAACUUCAUAUGUUUUAUGUAAGUCGAUUGUUUCUAAAAUAAAAAUAUUUUGACAUAA